AUGGCUGGUGGAGCGAAUAAUAAAUCAGCUGCUCAGUUAAUGACUGAAGCAAAUAAGAAAGCUAAAUCAGCUGGUGGACUAUUUCAACGUAUGCUUGGAUCAGGUAAUGUAAUGAAUGAAGAUGCUCGUGUACUUUAUAUUCAAGCUGGUAAUGCCGGACGAGCCGAAGGUGAUUAUCCAACAUCUGUUGAAGCUUAUAAACGAGCAUUAGAUUUAAGUACUGAAGAUUUUGAAAAAGCUCAAAUGUAUGAAGCAAUAUCAUCAUCAUAUCGAAUGUUUGAUUUACCUCAAGCUAUACCACCAUUAACACGUGCAGCUGAAUUAUAUAUGACUCAAGGUAAAUGGACAAUGGCAUCACAAAUAUUUGAAAAAAUUGCUGAAUUAUAUGAACAAAUGAAUGAUUAUGAAAAUAUGAUGAAAUGUUUAAAAGAAGCAUAUCGAUUUUUAAAACAAGAAGGACAAAAAGCAGGUACAAAUAGAGUACAAAAGAAAAUGGCCGAAAUACAUGUACUUCAACAUCAAUUUAUUGAAGCACAACAACAAUUUGAAGAACUGGCUGAGAAAGCAAAAGAUGAUGCUUUAGUUAAAUUUAGUGCUAAAGAUUAUUGGUUAAGAGCAACAAUGUGUGCAUUAUGUAUUGAUGUUGAAAAUGCUAGUACAGCAUUGAAUCGAUAUAUAAAUGAUAAUCCAUUAUUUGAAGAACGAUCAAUUGAAGUAAAAUUACUUCGUCAAUUAAUUACUGAUGUUGAAGAACAAAAUAAGGAAUCAUUUUUAAAACAUUUUGAUGAUACAUCAUUAUCACCAUUACGUUCUGAUCGAAUAGUUCGCUCAUUGAUUGAUGAUAUUGCGAAAAAGAUCAAUGGUGAUGUUGAUCUUAAAUAA